AUGGCCCGCCAUCCGUCUCUUGAUUCCGAGCGACCCAUCAUGUCAAACUCGAACCGCACCUCUAAGCGCUUCUCCACCAUUAGCGGCAGCCCCUCGCUCGCCAACUCCGAGCGCACCAUCGGCAGUCUACCCAGCGGAGACCCCAGAGUCGCCGACAUCACCCACCUCGGCGAUGGUCUGGAGCGCUUGGAGAACAAGCCCCUGCAGGCGCAGCGCUUUGUGCCCACCGAAGAGAAGACCGACAAUCUGAACAAGUUGGCUCUCGGGGCCAAGGUGGAGCGCGCACUGGGACGAAGGAUGACCAGCCAGGAUGCCGUCAUGCGCAAGCCAGUCCUGAGCGAGAAGGCCGCAGCCGCUGCGACUACUUCGUAG